AUGUGGUCUAAUACCAGUUUCUCUCCCUUCCUUCUGACUGGAUUCCCAGGCCUGGAGGCAGUUCAUCACUGGAUCUCCAUACCCUUCUUUGUUGUAUACUUUUCUGUGAUUCUUGGCAAUGGCACCCUCCUCUUUCUAAUCAAGGAUGACCAUGGCCUCCAUGAGCCCAUGUACUACUUCCUGGCCAUGCUGGCAGCCACAGACCUUUCAGUGACCCUAACCACAAUACCCACAGUGCUGGGGGUUCUGUGGCUAGGUCAGAGGGAGAUUCAACUUCAAGUCUGUUUCUCCCAGGCCUACUUCAUCCAUUCUCUCUCUAUAGUGGAAUCAGGGGUCUUACUUGCCAUGGCCUAUGACCGUUUCAUUGCCAUUUGUAACCCACUAAGAUACAGGUCUAUCCUUACCAACUCCAGGGUGGUGAAAAUUGGGAUUGGGGCAUUGCUGAGGGGCUGCAUCUUAGUAGCACCCCCAAUUGUCCCACUACAUUGGUUCCCUUACUGUCAUUCCCAUGUCCUCUCCCAUGCCUUCUGCCUCCACCAGGAUGUCAUCAAACUAGCCUGUGCAGAUAUCACUUUCAAUCGCAUCUAUCCUAUGGUUCUGGUUCCAUUUACCUUCUUCCUGGACUCUCUGAUCAUCCUUUUCUCCUAUAUACUAAUUCUGAAAACAGUUAUGUGCAUUGCCGCUAGACAGGAGCGGACCAAGGCCCUAAACACCUGCAUCUCCCACAUUUGUUGUGUCUUAGUUUUCUAUGUCACAGUGAUUGGUUUGUCUCUCAUUCAUCGAUUUGGGAAACAUGCCCCACAUGUGGUCCACAUCACUAUGAGUUAUGUCUAUUUCCUCUUUCCCCCAUUUAUGAACCCAAUCAUCUACAGUGUGAAGACUAAACAGAUCAGGAAUGGUAUCCUCCACAAGUUCUCUCUGCCCAGAUUCAGGGCUUAG